CCUGCUCCAGUCACCGCGCCGGCAGCAGCGUGUAGCGUACCUGCUUCCGAUACCACACUGCCAACGGCGGGCAGCGUGACACAACAGGCUGUUGCAGAUACACCGGACGUGCGAGAUGGUGCAGCUGACGAGUCCUGCGAGCUCUGGUCAGCGAGAAAGACACGAUUUCUCAUUGCGGGAUAUAAGGAAAGAAAGCCGCUUCUGGGGAAGAAGGGUGGCUUCCGGACCAAAAAGGCGCUCUGGGAGGCCCUUGCUGAAGCUGUGAGCAAGGAAUUUUCCUGCAGCAUUACUGCAGUGCAGGCCGAGAACAAAUGGAAGAGCCUGGAGAGAGCCUACAAAAAAACAAAAGCAAAAAACAACUCAUCUGGUCACUCUAGAGUUUCAUGUUGCCAUGAAGAGGAGCUAAGCGAGGUGCUGGAACGUGAACACCACAUUUCGCCAACGUUUCUUUUAGCCCCAGGGAGGGUAAUGGGAAAUGAAAGUUCAAGCACACCUACACCUUCCGACACAGAGGUGACGCCCACCCACGAGGCAGAAUCAAUGCAAGCGGAGGCCAACGAGAACAAGGACCUCUCAAUUGAGCCUCAGGAUACCACACGGCAAAAGAAGCGCCGCAGGGACACCUCGCUCGACAGCGUUCUCAAAGUCCUUCAGGACGCUAAGAAUGAAAGAGCCGAGCGGUUUGAGAGAAAGAUGUCUCUCCUUGAGCGCCUUGUUCAAGCUGUCGAAAGAAAACCCGCUCAGGCUGAAUAAAUUCCUAAAAACUUUGAAUGUUGUCUUGAUGUCACAAGCUGUUCAAAUGGUCACUGUAUUAUUAACUAUGAUUGUAUCGGUCUAUACAGUAAAAGCUCGUUAAUUCAAACUCGAGGAGGACU